CCUGAAGAACGGAGGCCGUUUCGUGGCGCUGAAGCGCGUGCGGGUGCAGACCGGCGAAGAGGGCAUGCCGCUCUCCACCAUCCGCGAGGUGGCGGUGCUGAGGCACCUGGAGACCUUCGAGCACCCCAACGUGGUCAGGCAUAAUGGCUCCCGCAAAGAAGGGUGGUGAGAAGAAGGAGGACCAUUCUGCCAUCAAUGAGGUAGUGACCAGAGAAUACACAAUCAACAUUCACAAGCGCAUCCAUGGAGUGGGUUUCAACAAGCGUGCCCCUCAGGCACUCAAGGAGAUCCAGAAAUUUGCCCUGAAGGAGAUGGGAACUCCAGAUGUAGGCAUUGACUCCAGGCUGAACAAAGCUGUCUGGGUCAAAGGAAUAAGGAAUGUCCGAUACCAUAUCUGCGUAUGGUUGUCCAGAAAACAUCAUGAGGAUGAAGAGUCGCCAACCAAGCUCUAUAGGUUGGUCACCUUUGUACCUGUCCCCACUUUCAAAAAUCUACAAACAGUUAAUGUGCAUCAGAACUAAUCACUGAUUGCCAAAUAAAGUUAUAAAACUGCAAAAACAAAACGAAAAAACAAUAUGCCUCGCUGUUAAUGAUUCCCUAGGAAUGUUUUCUUAAGAAUGAGACAUUCAGUACUUGUACUAUGUCAUUGUAAACGCAAGGAUAUUAAGGUUGGAAGACAUUCUGGAAGUCUUUCAGCCCUUUUCUGUCAUAAAGAAACUAAAGCCCAGAGGUCAAGCAACUUAUCUAUCAUGCCAUGAUGAAGUAGUUGACUCGUAUUAAAAACUUAAAAAAAAUUCUUUUUAAUUGUGUGUGAUGGACGAAGUUAAAUGAGUACAUUUCUAGUUUGGAAAAAAUGAACUGUAUAAAGACAAAGGUGAUGGUUUGCCAGGAAUAAAUGACAUACCAAUUCAGGAAAUUCCUGAAUUCUGCAGUAUGCCCUAUUGAAGUAGAUCUGGAAAAAGUAUGAUGAUUAUCCAUUAUAUUCUGCUUUUAAAGAAGUUGGGUAAGCCCUGGCCAGGUAACUCAUUGGUUAGAGUGUCAUCCCAAUAUGCCAACGUUGCAGGUUUGAUACCUGGUCUAAGCACAGAGGAGAAUCAAUCCAUGAAUGCAUAAAUAAGUGGAACAACAAAUCAAUGUUUCUCUCAAAUCAAUAAAUAUUUUUUAAAAAGAA